GGCCGUGCUCGCGGCGAAGGUCUGCGUAAAUUUCUGAGCAGGCCCGGGAGUGUCUGAGGCUGCGGGACGCUGGACGGCAGUGCCAUGGCGGACGAGGAGCUGGAGGCGCUGAGGAAGCAGAGGCUGGCCGAACUGCAGGCGAAGCACGGGGAUCCUGGCGAUGCAGCACAGCAGGAAGCAAAGCACAGGGAAGCAGAAAUGAGAAACAGUAUCUUAGCCCAAGUUCUGGAUCAGUCAGCCCGCGCCAGGUUAAGUAACUUAGCACUUGUAAAGCCUGAAAAAAGUAAAACAGUAGAGAAUUACCUUAUACAGAUGGCAAGAUAUGGACAACUCAGUGGGAAGGUAUCAGAACAAGGUUUAAUAGAAAUCCUUGAAAAAGUAAGCCAACAAACAGAAAAGAAAACAACAGUUAAAUUCAACAGAAGAAAAGUAAUGGACUCUGAUGAAGAUGAUGAUUACUGAACUAAAAAUGUUUAGAUUGGAACUUGAUGGAGCAGUCCUAGGACAGAUAAUACUGGGCAGGAGUUAAGCUCUGAUUAAAUGUUUACUUUGUUUAUAGUCUGUAUAUGCCUUUUAAAAAAUAAACUUGUUAUGCAAAAUAAAAAA